AUGCUAGUCCUCCUGCUAGCCCUAUGGUCAACAUGUGUGCUAGCAUCGGUGGGUGAUCGUCUCCCGCAGUAUAAGGAAUGCACCUCCCAAUGCAUCGAAACACUGUGCUACGCAAACUUGCCAUAUCUACCCCAGUACGACAUCAACAUCGUGUCGAGAUACCUACUUCUAUGGUCCUGCCCGCUGGAUUGUGACUACAAAUGCAGAAGCCACGUGUCUAACAUCAGAGAGGCACAGCUGCUACCAAUUGUACAGUUCCACGGCAAGUGGCCGUUUGACAGGUGGUUAGGAAUCACAGAGGUGUUCUCGGUGCUCUUCUCCAUCGGGAACCUCUAUGCCAACUUGAUCAACUUGGUGAAAUUCAGCAAAUUGAUCCGUGGUCUUGGCCAAGGCAAGAACAGCCAGGCCCGUGGGGUCAUGUUGUUUCAGUAUUGGCUCCUUCUAGCCGUUUCUGUUGUCGGCUGGCUUCUCAGUACUAUCUUCCACACAAGGGACAUCCCCCUUACAGAAACACUAGAUUACUUGGGCGCUGGAGCAAUCAUAAUGGCGAACUUCAAUGCCAUCAGCAUACGUUAUUUUGAGUUGUUCAGGGCCGAGAACCAGAGGAAAAGGCAACUAUAUCAGUCGGGUUUGCUCUUCGUACUUCUUUGCCAUUACCUCAAGCUCGCACGCAGAUGGGACUACCAGUACAACAUGAAAUACAAUGUCGUCAUUGGACUAAGUGCUCUGGCAAUGUGGGUGGCUCACUCGCUCAGAGUUUACAGACGCUACGAUGGUCAGGUUUUCAACUCGAUUCAGCUUUCGCCGUACGAAUCGAAAAUACAGCAAAAGCUCGGCCCCUUUUGUAAAGUACGGUCAAGGCUCAUACCCUUAAUUCCCGUUGUGCUUAAUGUUUACCUUACAACGUCCGUUUCACUCGAACUCUUUGAUUUUGCUCCAAUUGCUCACCUUAUAGAUUCUCAUGCACUCUGGCAUUUGUGUACGAUCUUCCCACCGCUUAUUUGGUACGAUUGGAACUUAUGGGACUUGGAGCUUUCUAUGAUCGAUAAAAUGGCAUAA